CAUACCGUGGUAGCCAUGGAUCCGACCAGCGCCGCGGCUCGCCGGAGCUCAGAGGACGAGGCGGCGGCCUUCUUCCGCGCCGCGCCGGCCCUCCGCGAACGCGACGCCGUCGCCGCCACCCUCGCCGGCUUCGUCGCCCGCCACUCCCGCUCCGCAGGGACCGGAGGAGGGCCCGUGGGGGUGGUCUGCGUCACCUCCGGCGGCACCACGGUGCCCCUGGAGCAGCGGUGCGUGCGCUACAUCGACAACUUCAGCUCCGGCCAGCGAGGGGCCGCGUCCACCGAGUAUUUUCUCAAGGCUGGUUACGCCGUCAUCUUCAUCCAUCGCCGUGGGAGCAAGCAGCCUUACUGUAGAUUUCUCCCAGAGGAUUCGUUUCUUGAUCUCUUUGAGCUCGGUGAAGAAUCAGAGAUCCAAGUCCCAGAAUCUCAUACCACGGUGGUCAAGACAGCGAUUAGCAGCUAUCGCAAGGCAACUGAUGAAGGUCUACUUCUGAAACUUCCCUUCACUACAAUUUUUGAGUACCUUCAGCUACUGCAAUUGGUAUCAACUUCCAUGAAUUGCUUGGGACACCACGGAAUGUUUUAUCUUGCUGCUGCAGUUUCUGACUUCUACGUUCCAUGGGAGAGCAUGGCUAAACAUAAAAUCGAGUCAGCAGGUGGCCCUUUGAACAUGCAACUCAAUCAAGUUCCUAAGAUGCUUUUCAUCCUCAGGAACCAUUGGGCUCCUUCAGCAUUUUGUGUAUCCUUCAAGCUCGAGACAGAUCCGGACAUCCUUCUGCAGAAGGCAGAGAUGGCCUUGAGAAAGUACGGUAUGAAUGUCGUGGUGGCAAACGAGCUAGCGAACUACAAAGACGUGGUUGUCAUGGUCACAAGUAGCGGGAAGACAACUGUUAGCAGGCGCAGCAAGGCAGAUGACCUUGAGGAACAGCUCAUCGUUCUCCUGGUAAAGAUGCACUCGGAUCACAUUACGCAGCCCAAUCCAGACCAAGAAACAUGAGACCUUAUACUGAGAUGUGAAAGGCAAGUAUCUGCAAUCUCUCGUGGCAUCUACAUCCAAGUAUGUUAGAAGCUGCAUAGAGCCGGUAAAGUCUGAUUCUAUCUUUGAUUUCACACGAUGUUGCCGGUGUCUGCUGGACGACCGAUGGUCAUGGCACGAGGAUGGAUCAUGAACAUCCUGUCCUGUUGUAAAUGGUGCUACAAAGAUAUACUACCUGUUCAGGUGCACCAGUAUAUUCUGUUAUCUGCAGUAUGCUCCUCUGAGCAGAAAAGACAUGCAUACGCUUCUUGGCAUCA